AAAUAGCCGAACGACUCAACCCCAUCAGCCAGUGGGCCACUUGAGCCUGGCGUGGUUUGUUGCCAUUGUUGUGGUGUGUCAACUGUUGAAUGUCCAUUGUUUCAUCCUGUCCAGGUGACGGACCGUAAUGGAUGCUGCUUGGCUGCUGCUGCCCUCCACACAACUCAGCCACAAAAGGUAAUCCGAGCGGCGACCUUUGUCCUAAAUGGGUAUAAAAGUGUGGUGGCUUCUUGGCCAGAGCCCCAAAAGGAGUUCAGCACUGGCCAAGCACAGAUCGAGCAGGAUGCCGUGGUUGCCCUUUUCCAUAACAGCGCUGGCGCUACUUAGCCUGGCUAAUAAAGGAUAUGCCAAUCUAUACUCCAGUGAUGGAGUCUUCGACGAGUUGGUGGGUCUAAGGAGCUGCGAACCGAAAUGUCUGGAGCAGCAGGUGGAGGAGCAGCAAUCCGAUCGCAGCAGUACAUCUAAAAUGCUGAGUGCCCUUUUCGGCUUUGGUCCUAGUACUACACAUCCCACAGAAAUUACGAUGGCGAUGCCACAUCAGCUGCCGCCCAUGUAUUACAACGAUUUCUAUGAGGAUUUGCUGACCACCAAACGCAACGAUGUCCAUUCCACUGGCUGCGAUUGUAAAGUCACGAACGAACUCUUGGAUCUGGGCAGACUGCAUUUUCCUCGCUACCUGAUGAAUGCUGUUUGCGAAUCGCACUCCGGACGGGACAUGGCCAAGUGCACCCAUGGGUCCAACUGCAGGCCACUGGAGUACAAGGUAAAGGUACUGGCACAGGGUCUACAGUCGGAGCAUGAACAUGCCAACUCUUGGAUGAGCAACGAGCAAUCGUGGCAGUUCAAAACCGUCACCGUAAACGCCGGCUGCUUCUGCGCCAAGUGAUUGAGAAACGUUGAGGAACUGCCGAUGUGUGAAUGUGUAAUAUUUGUAUAUUAAAGCGCCAAAAAGA